AUGGCACAGUCUACUUCUCAGGCAACUCACGGCACAACAGCACCAAGGAUGACGCCUGACAAGAACAAAGCGGCGCUACACACUGCCAAAGUCAUGAAUGGAGGCAAUCCGCUAUUCUCUCAAGCCCUGGUAACAUCUGACUUUCCACACAAGAACGAAUGGGACAACGACAAUCUUCCGGACAUCUUGUUCUACCUAGUUCCUCCAAAGAGCAUCCACAACACGGAAAAGCUUCAACGAAUCAGCGAUAAUGGACAACCAGUGCUCAAUGACAAGGGCCGUCGCAUCCGCGACUUCGAAAUUCUUCCUCGGCAUAUCAGUGUCGCUGUAGAAGGUUGGCUUCUCGAAACAUGGCGUCGUCUCGACACUCGAAUCACCUACAAUGACAUCCGCGAUCGCAUGGUUGCCGACCCUACCUACGGAAAUGGAGUUGGUCUUGUCAUUCCGAGCGCCAACAGCUUACAAAAUCAAUGUCGUCGCGACUGCAGAGCGCUGCUAAACAACUGGGCGGAACACGACAAGAGAGGAGCCGAACCAACUCGCACCGACGUCGAGACAAUUGAAAAGCUCACUUCCUACAACGUGGCGUGCAACACCGUUCUCGACGUCGUCACCUUGUGGCCACAAACGGACCAGGAGAUGCAUCGCCUGCGCAAGGUCAAGCUGGUCCGAGAUAGCAACGGCCGUCUCAGGAUGGAACCAUCUGUCGUGACCACAGACAAUUGGAUGCAGACAACGUACGCCCUGGACCACUUCAAGAGUGGCCUCGGCGCUGGCAAUGCAGAGUACGUCCCUCUCAAUGAGGCGAGGCUCGCCGCCUGGGAGCUGUUGCUCGUCCUGCAGGAACGAGCCGACAUCCACGGCGUUCAACAUUGGUCCAAGCUGACCAAGACGUGUCUGCCCACCUCGUGGUUCGAGCGGACGGCCGACAAGGCUGUACCGAACGACACCUACGAUGGUGGGUGUCAAAUCUGCACGUGGCGGAGUGAGGAGGAGGGGGUCGCGGGGGUCAAUGGCGACGCUAAGGAGGAGGAGGAGGAGGAGGAGGAGGAGGAGGAGGAAGAGGAGGAGGAGGAGGAAGAGGAGGAGGAGGAGGAAGAGGAGGAGGAGGAGGAAGAGGAGGAGGAGGAGGCCAAUGAAGGGCCUGCCUAUGAGGCGUUGACCUGGCACAUUUACACGCCAGACAACUUUCCCUUCUUGUGA